AACCGAUUGAGGGUUACUGAAAAUAAGUCCACAAAUGGUUCGAGCAGACACUUGAUGGUCGAUAAAUCGCUUUCUGAGCAACCUAUUAGCGUGGAAAGCUGAAUCCCUCGGCGUUCAUAACCUUACAACAAGUGAACUUACAGAUUUAAGAGACAGAAAGAGAGAACAAGAGACCAAGCAUGGCCCAGGCCUCUCAGGACCAAGGUGCAGUGGGCAUAGCUGACCCAGAUGAGGAUUCACCCAACAUGAUUGCUUACAGAAAGAUUGAGGACAUCAUCACACGCCUCCAAGAUGAAACUGAAGGUGUGCCUGUCAGAACGGUCAAGAGCUUCCUGUCCAAGAUUCCCAGCGUUGUUACAGGUUCUGACAUUGUUCAGUGGAUGAUGAAGAGCCUCAACAUAGAUGAUCCUGCGGAGGCCAUACACAUCGGCAGCCUGAUCGCCGCCCAAGGCUACAUAUUCCCUAUCUCUGAUCAUGUUCUCAUCCUCAAGGAUGAUGGGACGUUAUACCGCUUUCAGGCUCCAUACUUUUGGCCCUCUAAUUGCUGGGAGCCAGAGAACACAGACUACGCCAUCUAUCUGUGCAAACGGACCAUGCAGAACAAGACCCGGCUGGAGCUAGCGGACUAUGAGGCAGAGAAUCUAGCGAGACUACAGAGGGCUUUUGCAAGGAAGUGGGAGUUCAUCUUCAUGCAGGCUGAGGCACAGGUCAAGAUCGACAGGAAAAAAGACAAAACGGAGAGAAAGAUUCUGGAUAGUCAAGAGAGAGCCUUCUGGGAUGUUCACCGUCCUGUGCCUGGGUGUGUGAACACCACAGAGAUGGACAUCAGGAAGUGCCGCCGCCUGAAGAAUCCUCAAAGGGUGAAAAAGUCAGUGUAUGGGGUAGUGGAUGACACACAGACUCAGAGUCCUGUACACACACCCUCCCAGCAGAGCAGCAAGGACACCAGAGAGGACGUCGGGAGAGAGAUUCUGUUCUUGAACACUCAGUUGGAUCGGCACUGUAUGAAAAUGUCCAAAGUCGCUGAGACAUUGAUGAGCUACACAGAGCAGUAUCUUGACUAUGACCCCUUUGUGACAGUACCAGAGCCAGCUAACCCCUGGAUCAGUGAUGAUGUCACUUUCUGGGAGCUAGAGGCCAGUAAGGACCCGAGUCAACAGCGAGUAAAGAAGUGGGGCUUCUCAUUGGACGAGGCUUUAAAGGACCCAGUGGGCCGUGAGCAGUUUCUUAAAUUCCUGGAGUCCGAAUUCAGCUCCGAGAACCUGCUGUUCUGGUUGGCUGUGCAGGAUCUGAAGUGCCGCCCCCUGCAGGAAGUGGCGGCUCGUGCUCAGGAGAUCUGGCAAGAGUUUCUUGCUGAGGGAGCUCCCAGUGCCAUCAAUCUGGACUCGCACAGCUACGAGCGCACCAGUCAGAAUCUAAAAGACCCGGGCCGCUACAGCUUUGAAGAUGCCCAGGACCACAUCUACAAGCUGAUGAAGAGUGACAGCUACCCUCGUUUCCUGCGCUCCAAUACUUACCAGGACCUCGUGCUGGCCAGAAAGAAGCCUGAGACUGAGCAAGGUCGACGCACAUCCCUGGAGAAAUUCACUCGCAGUGUGGGCAAGUCUCUGACAAGUAAACGACUGACAGGCCUCAUGCAGUCCACCUGACGAGUCCUGCAGUUUGCAGUUUGUUGGGGUGGAAGGAUUGUGGCCAUGACGGACCACGUGUAUGGACCACCCUCUCUCCAAAAUCCACCCGAACACCGCACAGCUACCGACUCUAGAUGGCAGCAUGCAAUAAGU